AUGAAUCACCUUCCACAAGCUUGGGGUCGUCCUAGAGAUGAUAUCUACGGUGCAUACGAUGCUUCAUAUCUUCAACAAAACGGACCAAAUCAGCACACCCAAUCACCCAUUGUCACUGGCACAUCCGUUGUGGCAUUAAAAUUCAAAGAUGGUGUUGUAAUUGCAGCGGAUAACUUGGCAUCAUAUGGUUCUCUCGCGCGGUUCACAGAUGUCAAACGUCUUCGAAAAUUCGCAGAUACAUCCGUUGUUGGUUUUGGAGGGGACGUAUCCGACAUGCAAUAUUUAGACCGACUUCUUCAAUCCCUCGAUACCGAAGAGGCAUACAGCGCUUCAGGCCACACACUCAAUGCCCGUAACCUCCACAAAUACCUCUCCAAAGUCCUUUAUAAGCGUCGAUCCGAUUUCAAUCCGUUAUGGAACACCUUACUGGUUGCAGGAUUGGAUGAACAUGAUAAGCCUUUCUUGGCGAGCGCCGAUUUACUGGGUACAACAUUCUCUUCACCAAGUUUGGCAACUGGAUUCGGUGCACAUUUGGCCCAGCCAUUGUUAAGAAAGGUUGCGCCAGAUGAGGAGGCUACUGCGAAGUUGACCAAGGAGGCAGCUUUAGAGGCAAUCAAAGAGAGCAUGAAGGUCUUGUUUUACAGAGAUGCGAGGAGUAUGGACAAGUAUUCGAUUGCGGUUAUCACGAAAGAAGGUAUCGAUUUGAAGGAAAAUGAGCAAUUGGAGAAGCAGAGUUGGGCUUUUGCUGAACAAAUCCGGGGAUAUGGAACCCAGGUCAACUAA